GAUAGCGCUUACUGCACACAACAUAUCUCUAGCUCUGUCCAUUUCCAUUCUUUAAGUAUUAUUUUAAGAUAAAUUAUGCGAUUUAAUUUUGUUUUAUAUCUAUUGGAUUUAGAUUAGAUUAUACUCCGCACACAGUUGGGACAGUGAAAUAAUUUGAACAGUACAGCUAGUUAGCUCAAAUGCUAGCGUGUUAUAUGUGCGGUGGUAGCUGUUAGAGAUCUGUAUGUGCAAUGCAAACGCAGGUUCAGUAUCUGUAACAAACCGUGAUUUUUGUGAAUACUCCGUGUGAAUAUAACAUUUGCAAUGGCAUCAAUUCUUGAUCAAUAUGAAGAUUCUCAGAACAUCCGUCAACACAGCCGUGUCUCAGCGGCUAACAUUGGAAUUACUCAUUCAGGGUUUGUGAAUGUAAGACUUGAGGAAGAGAAACCCAUAUUCAACAAGCAACGCAUCGAUUUCUCCCCUCCCGAAAAAAUCAACGACUUCUCAGUGUGCAACAACCAAUUAUGCAUGAGUCUGGGGAAGGACACCCUACUAAGAAUUGAUCUCGGAAAACCUGAUCAGCCAAAUCAGAUUGAAUUGGGAAGAAAGGAUGACAGCAAAGUGCACAAACUUUUCCUGGAUCCAACAGGAUCACAUUUAGUCAUCAGCCUAACUACAAAUGAAUGCGUAUACUUAAAUAGAAACACUCAGAAGGUUCGAAGUUUAUCGCGAUGGAGAGGCCACCUAAUAGAAAGUAUUGGUUGGAACAAAUUAGUAGGCUCUGAGACCAACACUGGGCCGAUUCUGGUUGGCACCAGCCAGGGCAUUAUAUUUGAAGCCGAGAUAUCUGCGUCAGAGGGCAGUCUCUUCAACACCAACCCAGAUCAGUACUUCAGACAGGUCCACUCCCUGGAAGAGGAUGGUAAGCCAGGACCAGUUUGUUGCCUUGAGGUAGAACGUGGCAUGGAAUCAAAGUAUUUCAUAGUUGCUACCACACGGAAACGCCUGUUUCAGUUUGUAGGAAAGUUGGCAGAGGGCUCGGAGCAGCAGGGGUUCAGCUCCAUCUUUGCCCAGAAUCAGGAUCUGUUACCCAGCUUCCAGGAGUUUCCUGUCAAUAUGGGCUACAGUGAGAUUACUUUCUACACAUCGAAGCUUCGGAGUUGCCCCAAAACCUUUGCCUGGAUGAUGGGCAAUGGGGUUUUGUAUGGACAGUUGGACUAUGUGCGGCCUGACUCUCUACUUAGUGAUGUGCAGGUGUGGGAAUACACAUCAGAUAUUGAUUUGAACUUUGUCAAGCCCAUCUCUAUUGUACUUACCCAGUUUCAUUUCCUACUUCUGCUCUCUGACCGUGUGAGGGGUAUCUGCACUUUGAAUGGGCAAGUGGUGCAUGAAGAUGUGUUUCCAGAAAAAUUCGGCCCCCUAAAAAAGAUGAUCAAAGAUCCUAUCACUGGGCUUGUGUGGAUUUACACUGAAAAAGCUGUCUUUCGCUACCACAUUCAGAGAGAAGCAAGGGAUGUUUGGCAAAUGUACAUGAGCAUGAACAAGUUUGAUCUAGCUAAGGAGUACUGCAAGGAUAGACCAGAAUGUUUAGAUAUGGUACUAGCCAAGGAGGCAGAGCACUGCUUCCAGAACAAACGCUUCCUGGAGAGUGCUAAGUGUUAUGCUCUCACUCAGAAUUACUUUGAGGAAAUUGCAUUGAAGUUCAUUGAGGCAAAGCAGGAGGAAGCCUUGAAGGAAUUUCUGAAUAAGAAACUAACUAAUCUGAAACCCAGUGAGAAGACUCAGAUCACCCUGCUGGUGACCUGGUUGACUGAACUAUAUCUGAACCGGCUUGGUCAGCUGGAGGCAGAUGACAGUAAACAACACAUCUUUCAGGAAACCCGUGAAGAGUUUCGCACCUUUAUGAAAAGCCCUAAACACAAAGAUUGCUUCUACAACAAUCGCAGUACCAUCUAUGACCUGCUCGCUAGUCACGGGGACGUGGACAACAUGGUCUAUUUCUCGGUCAUCAUGCAGGACUAUGAGCGUGUUAUAUCUCAUUACUGCCAGCAUGAUGACUACAGUGCAGCUUUGGAUGUCCUCUCCAAGCACUGUGAUGAGAGGCUUUUCUACAAGUUCUCCCCAGUUCUUAUGCAGCACAUUCCCAAAAAGGUGGUAGAUGCUUGGAUUCAGAUGGGAAACCGGUUGGAUCCAAAGAAUCUGAUCCCAGCAUUGGUGAACUACAGCCAGAUGGGCAGUAUGCAACAAAUUAAUGAGACUAUACGCUACAUGGAGUUCUGUGUGUAUGAGCUGGAUGUCAAAGAUGAGGCUAUUCACAAUUACUUGCUCUCACUUUAUGCUAAGCACAAGCCAGACGCCCUGUUGUGGUACCUUGAACAAGCAGGAACGCAUGCCUCAGACAUUCACUACGACUUGAAAUAUGCCUUGCGCCUUUGUGCUGAACAUGGGUAUCUGCAAGCCUGUGUCUUAGUUUACAAGAUUAUGGAGCUGUAUGAGGAAGCCGUGGAUCUAGCACUACAAGUGGAUGUAGAUUUAGCCAAGUCUUGUGCCGACCUUCCUGAGGAUGAUGAGGAGCUGAGGAAGAAGCUGUGGCUGAAGAUUGCUUGUCAUGUGGUUCAGGAGGAGAAAGAUGUAAAGAAGGCCAUGAAUUGUCUGUCCAGUUGCAACCUGCUCAAGAUUGAGGACAUUUUACCUUUCUUUCCAGACUUUGUUACAAUAGACCACUUUAAGGAGGCAAUUUGCAGCUCCUUGGAGGAGUACAACAAACACAUUGAGGAGUUGAAACAAGAAAUGGAGGAGGCCACAGAAAGUGCCAAACGUAUUCGUGAAGACAUCCAAGAGAUGAGAAACAAAUACGGGGUGGUGGAGUCCCAGGAAAAAUGUGCCACUUGUGAUUUCCCCUUGCUCAAUCGACCUUUCUAUCUCUUCCUGUGUGGACACAUGUUCCAUUAUGAUUGUCUCUUUCAGGAAGUCAUCCCUCACCUCUCUGGCUAUAAGCAGAAUAAACUGGAGGAGCUUCAGAAGAAGUUGGAAGCUACCUCGCAAACCACCAAAUCCAGGCACAAACCUAGAGAGGAGGAUACAGUCAGUCUAGGCAAGGGCCAGGGUAGCAGAGAGCAGAUCAAGUCAGAUAUUGAUGAUAUCGUAGCUAGUGAGUGUGUCUACUGCGGUGAGCUGAUGAUCAAAUCUAUUGACAAGCCUUUCAUAGAUCCACAAAAAUUUGAUGAAGAGAUGUCCAGCUGGCUUUAAAAUAAACACUUCUGCAUAAAGAAUUUGAGGGCUGCAAAUUAAAUGUCAAUAUGGUGUAUAUAUGCUGCAAAUUUAACCAUUUGUGCUUUGUGUAUGAAUUGUAGUUUUACUUGUGUAAUGCUGAAUUUAUGAGUAUUAACAGAAUUGUUAACAGUUAUUUGAACAAAUGUCUGUUUUCUUUUUGUUUUAUAUAUGUUUGCUGCCUUAGACCAGAGGCCACUACAAAAUUUAAAAUGCACUUAAUUGCAUUUGUUGCAUUAUAAUCCAUGCCAAUAACAUUUUUAUUGUAUGCAGCAGAAUGAUAAUAAAUGAUUGCUUCUAUUGACUUGUCAGUGUGUACUAAUUGGGAUUUCUUCACUGUUGUAAAGCCUUUAAUAAAUGAUUUCCUCCUGUAGAAUAACAUUUGA